CACUUCUAUCUGUCAUUGGAUUGGAGUUCACUGUGACUCGCAACACCAUAGGGUGGUGGCAUUGAAUAUUUCAAAUAUGGGUUUGUUAGGCCAAUUUCCUAACUCCUUAGAAAAUCUCUCCUUUUUGUCCUUCCUGAAUAUGAGCAAUAAUAAUUUCAUCGGAGAGAUUCCUCAACAACUCGGAAAUCUUCAAAACUUAAAGGUGAUAGAUACACAUCGUAAUCAACUUGCGGGUGCAUUUCCAUACUCAAUGUUCAACAUCUCUGCACUUGAAUAUAUUGAUUUUUCAAAUAAUAGUUUGUCAGGUAUUCUUCCCCCAAACAUAUGCCAUCAACUUCCAAAUCUCAAAAUGCUUUACUUAUAUAUGAAUGACUUUAAUGGUCCACUCCCGGCAAAUUUAUCUGCAUGUUCAAAACUUAGAGCAUUGAGUUUGUCAUACAAUAUGUUUGAUGGGUUGAUACCUAAAGAGCUUGGCAAGUUGAAGAUGCUUCAAAAACUAAUUAUUGGUGGUAACAAUUUAGCAGGAACAAUUCCACGUGAAUUGGGUAAUCUCCAUAAUUUGAAGACAUUCAGCAUAGAAAGCAACCAGAUUAUAGGCUAUAUACCAACCUUCAUUUCCAACAUGUCAUCACUUCAAAUCUUGUCAUUGAGGGCCAACAAGCUCAUGGGAUCCAUACCUAGAGAGAUUGGAAAUUUAUCAUCUCUUCAAGUUUUAGUGCUUGGAGAAAACUACUUCAAAGGUAUGAUACCUAGAGAAGUCAGCUAUCUUUCUAAAUUGGGAUUCAUUAAACUUGAGGAUAAUAAUCUAAGUGGUUCUAUACCUGAAGGGCUCUUCAACAUUAGUACAAUGCGUAUAAUUAAUCUUUCAAGAAAUCAUCUUUUGGGUAGUAUUCCUUCAACUAUGUGCUCUUCACAAACCAAUCUUGAAGAUCUUGUUCUAUUCCAAAAUGUGUUAAGUGGAAUCAUUCCUCAUUCAAUUGCAAAUUGUUCCCAACUCUCUCUUAUAUCUCUCACGGCUAACCAUUUCAUUGGCUCCAUUCCAAACUCUCUUGAAAACCUUAGCCUUCUCCAAACUCUUGAAAUGGCUGAAAAUAAAUUAGCAUCUAAUCCUUCCUCUCAGGAAUUAAGCUUCAUAACUUCUUUGACAAAAUGUAGAAAGUUGAAAACACUAGAUGUGGGUGAUAAUAGUCUACAUGGAAUUCUUCCAAGAUCCAUUGGUAAUUUGUCUUCCACUCUACAAAUCUUUGUUGCAUAG